GCGCACGCGGGUGAGGGAACGUGUGAGGGAGGAAAAAGGGCGGGUGCAGGCUCCCUUUGUCCUUUCAUUUUCAUCUUCCGGUAAGACCCGCAUCCUCAGACAGCUCGUGUUCCGUGCCAGCCCUACGGAGACUCAGCGCAGGAAGCCAAGAAGAGGAAGUUGACUCAAAGACUUCUCUCCUUGCUCUCCCCAUCUUGAAUCUCCAAGCAUGAGCGAGCCGGGCGGAGGACAAAGCCAAGAGGCCAGCCGGCCAGGGGCAGGACAGGGAGGCCAGCUCUCUGCCUGGAUCAGAGGGACUGAGCCGGACCUUGGGUUCGGUGGAAGAAGCCUGGAGAGGAGACAAAGCAGACGGUCAUCCACCCGGCCCUGCUGCCCGGCCCCACCCCACGUCCCACACAGCCCCACCAUGGAGGCCCCCCUGGAGUCACGCAUCUCUGCCUUUUGGAAUGCUUCAAGGCCCGACCCCCCGGCAGAGAUCAGUAAGAAGGUGCCUAGCUAUUAUUUCAAAUACAAGGGCAUCAACUUCCCCAUCGGGAUCUAUUCCCCGGAGAGCCUCUCCUUCGCUGAGAAUGAGUUUGAAGCAUUGGACGGAGACAUCUUCAUCGUCACCUACCCCAAAUCAGGCACCAUCUGGAUGAUCGAGGUCCUGAGCCUAAUCCUGCACGACGGCGAUCCCACCUGGGCCCGCUCGGUUCCCAACUGGGAGCGGGCCCCAUGGUACGAGACUGUGGUGGGGCCCGAAAGGCUGCAGAACCGCCCCCCACCUCGCCUCAUCGCCUCCCACCUCCCCAUUCAGCUCUUCGCCAAGUCCUUCUUCAGCUCCAAUGCCAAGGUAAUCUACAUUGGCCGCGACCCUCGGGAUGUCCUCGUGUCGCUCUAUCACUACUCCAAGAUUGCCAGCCAGCUCAAGGACCCUGAGAGCCCAGACCAGUUCCUGCAGGAUUUCCUUAAGGGCGAGGUACAGUUUGGCUCCUGGUUUGACCACAUCAAGGGGUGGCUGCGAAUGCGGGGAAAGGACAACUUCCUAUUCCUGACCUAUGAGGAGCUGCAGCAGGACCUGCGGGGAGUGGUGGGGCAGGUCUGCAGGUUCCUGGACCGGGAGCUGAGCGAAGCGGCGUUGGCCUCAGUGUUGGCCAACACAACCUUCGGAGCCAUGAAGGAGAACAGAAUGAGCAACCUCACGCUGCUUCCUGCCGUGCUGCUGGACCACACACGCGGAGCCUUCCUGCGCAAAGGUAUCUGCGGUGACUGGAAGAAUCACUUCACCGUGGCGCAAAGCGAGGCCUUCGACCGCGUCUAUGGAGAGAGGAUGAAGGGGCUGGAGGGCGCCUUCCCCUGGGACCAGGACACCCGCGACCCCAACCCAGAGCCGGACCCUGAGCCAGACAGCCCGCCCAGCCCCACCCCGCUGGGCCUGUAAACCGGCCAAUAAACGGCACC